GCACUUACAUAAGUAAUGUCUAAUUUCUGUGCGUGCAGAAUCCAAUCUAUACAUACUAGUCAUGGAAAGUUUCAUGAUAUCCAGUUCCCACGACCGAAUCACUAUAAAAAACAGACUCCAACAUUGCAUUUUCUCAUUCAUUCAUCAGCAUCUCCAUUGUUUUGGAAAUUCAUCAACACCUCUGCAUAUCCAGUCAUGCCUGUUGAGCUCAUGUACUUACUGCUUCUGCUUCUUCUUCCGCUGUUCUUCUUGCUUUUGACUAGCAAGAAGUCCAAAACCCAAUCACCAUAUCUGCCAAAAUCAUACCCUCUUAUUGGUUCCUACAUUUCAAUAAUGGAAAACAAGGACCGAAGAAUCCAAUGGAUCUCCGACAUUCUCCAGUCUUCACCCUCUGCUACGUUUGUUCUGAAUAGACCACUAGGUCACCGCAGUGUCUUGACGGCGAACCCUGCCAAUGUCCAACACAUCCUCAAAACCCACUUCCAUAUCUACCAUAAAGGAAAGGAUUCCCAUCAACUACUCUUCGAUUUUCUCGGCGAUGGCAUCUUUAACACGGACGGCGAGACCUGGAAGUUUCAGAGACAAGUUGCAAGUCACGAAUUUAAUACAAGGUCUCUCAAGAAUUUCGUCGAGCAUGUGGUCGACACUGAGUUGUCUGGUCGCAUGAUACCUAUUCUAUCUACCGCGGCUGCUGACAAGACGGUGCUUGAUCUCCAGGACAUUCUUCAAAGGUUCGCUUUUGACAAUAUUUGCAAAAUUGCGUUCGGGUACGACCCGGAAUUUCUGUUACCAACUCUGCCACCAGCAGAGUUUGUACAAGCAUUCGAAUUCUGUGUCAAAGCAAGCACCGAAAGAUUCAACGGCAUAUUCCCCUUGAUCUGGAAAAUCAAACGAUUCUUCAAUGUUGGAUCAGAGAAGGAACUCAGAGUGAAUGUCUCAAAAGUACGCGACUUCGCCAAGAACAUAAUCAAAGAAAAGAAAGAAGAACUCAGAUUUAAAAAAUCUCUCGAAUCCGUUGAUAUUCUAUCACGAUUUUUGAGUUCGGGUCAUUCGGAUGAGAAUUUCGUCACUGAUGUCGUCAUCAGUUUCAUAGUGGCCGGUCGCGACACCACGUCUGCAGCUUUAACGUGGUUUUUCUGGUUAGUCUCUCAGAACCCAAAAACAGAGCACGAAAUCCUAAAAGAGAUAACAGAGAAAACAGAGACGAUGACGGCUUAUGAUGAAGCGAAGGAAAUGUCGUACACACACGCGGCAUUAUGCGAGACUAUGCGAUUGUACCCUCCGGUGCCGGUAGACGCCAAAAUGGCAAUGGAAGACGACGUUUUGCCGGACGGGACAGCAGUGAAGAAGGGAAUGAGAGUCGCUUACCAUCCAUACGCGAUGGGGAGGCUCGAGGAGCUGUGGGGACCCGACUGGGAGGAGUUUAAGCCGGAGAGAUGGCUCGAGAAAGAUGCAGAUACCAAGAAAUGGAAAUUUGUGGGGAGAGAUCCGUACACUUAUCCGGUGUUUCAGGCGGGACCCAGGAUUUGUUUGGGGAAGGAAAUGGCAUUCUUGCAAAUGAAGCGAGUGGUUGCCGGGGUUUUACGGAGGUUCAAGGUGGUUCCGGCGGUGGAAGACGGCGACGAUCCGGUGUUCAUCGCGUAUUUGACCGGGAAAAUGAAAGGCGGGUUUCCUGUUAGGAUUGAAGAAAGGGAAGAACUUGUGGCCGGAGCUUUUGCGGACAAAUGGGGAAUAUGCAGCAGCGAAGAUAGAGAGCGAGAAUCGCAACGUUGAUGCAGUUGUGUUGUUGGAAGGGACUCCAGUGACCAAGGACUUGAGGUGCACCAGGGUGUGGGUGUGGGUAUGGGUUGACCAGCGUAGGGUGGUCACUCGAGUUCCUCAAAUUGGCUAACUUAACAUGUAUGCCAUGCUCAUGUGAUCUCACCUUUCCAAUUGUACUGCUACAAAUAACGAGCCUUAUAUAUCGCUCAAAUCUUAUUAUCAUAUGAAUAGACAUCACAUCCAGUACGUUUAAAAUGAUAAACUAUUAAGGGUGA